AUUGUGUGUGUGUGUGUGUGUGUGCGUAUGAGCACUCAUGUUAUUGUGUAUCUGAAUGCGUGCAUUCAUAUAAAUGUGUACACAAUUAUACACCCAAGCAAAAUAAUGAUUGCUCAAUAAUGCUUCAAUGAUAAUAUUCAAUAAUAAUAUGUUUGGAUAGACACACCACAACUAAGCUUGCUCAUAUCUUAUAGUUUGUUGAAUGACAUUUAUAUUUCAUGCUUAUGGAUCAUAUUAUUGACAAUUGGGCAUCAUAUAUACUAUUUUAAUUAGAUAAUAUAAUCGAAUUGAUGAGAUAUAUUGUAUCAUUACCAUGACUUCUAUAAUUUGAAUUAUAUUCCAUUGUUGCUAAGUCAAGGAUAUUUUAAGGAUAAAAUAUAUUCAUAAUUGAACAGGGAGAUUAAACAAUUGAAAAGAUUCUCAUGUGUAUAUACCGGUAUUAUGUUAUACAAAAGUGUUUAUCCAUUUUAAUUUUGGUUAAUUUCAUUCAAUUACAAUAUAUAAUCUAAUGACUCAACCAAAGACUUCCGAUACAAACUGUGAUAAUCCAAUUAAUUCAGUCAAUCAAAAUCUUACUAACGAUUUUAGUAUUAAUGAUAGUUUAUUUCUAUCAACAUCUGAAGAACAAGGGAAAUGUGAUUAUCCAUCACCUCAUUUUUUUGAGCAUGAUUCCAGAUCCCAAAUAAUAUCCACUCAAGAAUUAUCUAUUACAUCACCAUCAUCAUCAUCUCCUCCUAUACUUGAACGUCAAUUAAGUAAGGAGUGUGUAAAAGAACAAAAAUCAGAAAUAGAUAAUAAAAAUUCAUUAUCACCUAUUACCUUCGGACUAUCAUUCAGUUCAUCAACGUCGAUUAACAGUCAAUUACAUUGUAUUCCUACAAAUGUUUGUUCAACAGCUGUUACAAGUGUUACAACUGUUACUUCUGUCCGACGCCCACGUCAUAAACCUGCAGAACGACGAGAAUUAUUAGAGUUAGCCGUAAAUGAUGUGUUAGGUUCUCAAAUAUCAAUGAGACGUGCUGCACAAAAGUAUAACUUAGCGAAAUCAUCACUAUGUGAUUAUGUUCGUAAAAAUGGAAUUAUAUUACCUAAUCUACGUUUUAAAUCUUAUCAAACUAUUCCAAGAUCAACAGCCACUGAUUUGACUGUAUCAAGUAAAAAAGUUACCUUAUCAGGAAAUACAAAUCGUCAAACUUCGGCAUCGUGUAAACGUAGCGGUUCACCAAUGUCUGGUGAUACUUGUAUAUCAUCUAUGAGUCCUUUACCAGCAAAAUUAUCAUGUGGUAUAACUCGUAAAGUGAAUAUUACUCGAACUAAGAAUAUAGAUAAUAAUAAUAAUAAUAAGCAACACUCGAAAAUAUCUGCAAGACCAGUUAUUCAAAUGGACAAUUUAUCCCUCGGAGUAGAUAAUGACAGAACUGUUUCAUUAGCUAGUAAUUGUGACUUAAAUUGUAUUCGUUCACUUAUAUCAUCUGAAAAGACUAAUAUUGAUUCUUGUCCAAGUGAAUAUUGUUUAUCAAAUCAACAUCAUACAAAUAAUCAAAAUAAUCUAUUUAGUGUAUCUAACAUAUCUAAGUGUUUUACAAAUGUUAUCUCUUGUAAAUCAUCAAGUCGUGUUGAAAGUCCAUGGUAUAAUGCUGCUGGACUACCUACUCAAGUACCUAUGCGUUCAUGGACAAGUACUAAUACAUUAAGUAGUUCAUUACAAAAUAUAAAUCAACAAGAACAAUCAACCAUAAAUAUAAAAAAUACAUCAUCUUUUAUUCCAUCUAAUAAUAGUCUAUUUAAUAAUCAUCUACAUUCUAAUGUAGAAGAUUCAUUAAAUAAUAAUAAUAAUAAUUUAUACCUUAAUAAAUCAAAACUAAAUCAUUCCAAUGAUUCAAUAACAGAUUGUUUACAUGUUGCUAAUUAUUUAUUAUCUAAUGAAACGAAAUCACUUAGUGAUGAAGUAAAUAAUCGACAAAAUGAUUGUUGUUGUCCAAUGAAUUCAAAUAGUAUUAAUAUAACUACAAAUUUUCCAGUGGAUUCUCCUAUUUCCCAAUUAUCAUCGGAAUAUGAUCGACGAAUAUUUUUAAAUGAAGAAUCGGCCAAAUCUUGGAUUUUUAACAAUUCAAAUAGAAAUAUUAACGGAUUAUCAGAUUCGGAACAAUCAAGAUCAAUUUUAGAUAGUACACAAUCUCUUCGUAGUACAAACGAAUCAUCAUCUACAGGAGUUUCAUAUUCACCACCUACUAGUACUGUUAAUUUAGAUUCAUCAACUAAUUCAAGAUUUUUAACUACUCCACUUAGUUUAUCAUCAUCUAAUUGUCAGAUUUAUUCAGACGAAACUAUAAAACUUCCUUUUAAUAAAACUACUCAUUCUAGUUCAGAUAACACAGAUCAUAUUGGUAUACAAUCUGAAUCUACGAUUAGUAAUAACACUGUUACUGAUCGUUUUUUGUCAAAUUCUACUACACCAUCUGCAUUGUGUUCAUUUCUUGGUCUUAAUUCUAUUAAUCAUAUAAAUUCUCAUUUUUGUCAACCUUCAGCUUCAAUUUUUCAAUCUAAUUUAUUACCUAUUAAUCAAGCGGCUAUAGCUGCAUUAUUAUUGCAAUAUUCACGAACUGCAGUUACUGCUUCAACUGUUUCAUCUAAUUCACUAAAUUCUACUACAUCAAAUUAUACAAAUUGUCCUAUUGUUACUUCACCUCUUAAUUCUUCACAAUUUCAUAAUCCAAUUGAUAUUGUACAAAAUUCAUUAGAUCAUUCAAAUCAAAUUAAUAAAUCAUUUAAUCAAACAACACAAUCAAUUCCUUCUAUACAUUUACCUUUUACUACAAAAAAUCAUUGCACAAAUUCGGAACUUAUUAAUUCAUUGAAUUUUUAUGAUUCACAAAUUAAUUUAUUAAAACAAUUUCCAAAAUUUUUAAUUGAUUCUAAUACUGGAACAAUAUCAUCACCAACUGAAUUAAUUAGUCCAUCACAUUUAACUAAUCAAUCUGCUGCUCAUUCAUUGAGGCAAUUGGCAAACACUUUAUUUUGGAGUUCGCUUGGUUCUAAAGCUAUAGAUUUACUUUCAACAUUUGGACCGAGCAUAUUACAACCACCACCACCAUCAUCAUCAUCAUCAUCAGCAGCAGCAGCAGCAUCACAAGAACAACGGAUUAAUUCAGUAAAUUUAUCAAAUUCUUCAUCAAUUCAUACUAGCACAACAACUAUAACUCCAACAUCUAUAGCUGUAACAAAAAGUGGAAUAAAAGAUUUUCCUAUAAAUCUAUUGAAUAAUAAUAAUAAUAUUGACGGUCAAGUUAAUUAUUGUAGAAAUAUCGAAUCUGUCAAAGUUCAUCAACCGAUUACAUCAAUAUCAACAACAAAUAAUCCAUCUACUUUAUUAUUGAAUAGUGAUUUAUUAAGAAAUCAAUUAUUUUUACUUCAUUCCACUAAUUCUAACAUGUCACAUCAUGUACAAGGUCUUAUUAAUUUUAUAAAUAAAUCACCAACACCAUUUCAUGUUAUCCAAUCAGUGAGGACAUUUUUGGAUAAUCAUGGUUUUCGUGAGUUAUUCGAAGAAGAAUCUUGGAGUUUACGUCCUUUGGAUAAGGUUUAUAUAACGAAAAAUGAAUCAACUGUAAUCGCAGCCGCUGUUGGUGGUCGAUUCGAAUCAGGCAAUGGUUUUACUUUGCUUGGAGCACAUACAGAUAGUCCAUGUUUACGUUUAAAACCGAAUUCGGAACGAUUAAAAGAAGGAUAUAUUCAAUUAGGUGUUGAGACAUAUGGUGGUGGUCUUUGGUAUACAUGGUUUGAUAGAGAUUUAAAAUUGGCUGGACGUGUAAUUAUUCGUAAUGCUGAAGGACGUCUAGAACAACGCUUAGUGCAUAUUAAUAAUCCAAUUGCUUGUGUUCCUAGUUUAGCAAUACAUUUAAAUCAAGAAAUUAAAACUCAAGGUUUUCAUCCAAAUUCCGAACAACAUUUAUCUCCAAUACUGUGUACUAGUUUGAUGGAACAGCUUCAAAAUCCAACUGCUCAAACUGUCAAUACUACUGAAUGUGGAAAUGAUUCAACAAAUACAUGUUUUAACAUAUGUCCUAUUUCAUCAUUAUCUAAUAGAAAUCGUCAUCCACCAGCUUUGUUACGUUUAUUAAGUGAAGAAACAGGUGUUAGUGAACAACAAAUUGUGGAGCUGGAACUUUGUUUUGCUGAUGCACAGCCUGCUUGCGUUGGUGGCUUGUACAAAGAAUUUAUUCAUGCGCCUCGUUUAGAUAAUUUGUUUAAUUCUUAUGCUGGUCUUCAUGGUUUCAUUGAAUCUCUUCCAACUUUAUCCUCUGAGUGUAAUAUACGUUUAUUAUGCUUAUUUGAUCAUGAAGAAGUUGGAUCUACAUCAGCUCAAGGUGCAGAUUCAGGCUAUACUUUGUCUGUUAUUCGUCGACUUAAUAAAGCAUUUGAAAUGUGCAAUUUAUCUGAAACACUUACGCCAACUAACAACACAACUACAUCACAGUGUACAAAAUGUAAUUUAGAUUUACAUUUUGAAAAAUCAUUAGCUAAAUCUUUUCUUGUAUCAGCUGACCAAGCUCAUGCAGUUCAUCCAUCAUGGAGUGAACGACAUGAAUGUUAUCAUAAACCUCAAUUUCACAGUGGUGUCGUAUUAAAAUACAAUGUUUCACAGCGUUAUGCUACGAAUAGCCUUACUGCAGCGGUUGUUCGUGAAAUCGCACAUUUGUGUAAUGUCCCAGUUCAGGAAUUUGUUUCUAAACAAGAUAUACAUUGUGGUUCUACAAUAGGACCAUUAUUAUCAUCACAAUUAGGUAUACCUACAGUGGAUUUAGGAUUUCCACAAUUAGCUAUGCAUUCAUGUAGAGAAUUAUGUUGUUCAACUAGUAUUGAACAAGCAGUACGUUUUUUUUCAUCAUAUUAUCAACAUUUAUCAAAAAUUUGGUGUAAUCAUCAAUCAUAUCAUAAUGAUAAUAAACAAUUAAAUCAAUCCUCUCAUCAUAUUUAUUUAUAA